AGCACGGGCCUGGAGCUGAGCGACGAGGUGGCGGCCCUGCUCGCAGAGGACGUGUGCUACCGGCUCAGAGAGGCCACCCAGAACAGCUCUCAGUUCAUGAAACACACCAAACGCCGGAAGCUGACCGUGGAGGACUUCAACAGGGCCCUCCGGUGGAGCAGCGUGGAGGCCGUGUGUGGGUGCGGAGCCCAGGAGGCGCUGCCCCUGCGCCCCGUCAGGGAGGGCGAGCUCUACUUCCCCGAGGACCGGGAGGUGAACCUGGUGGAGCUGGCCCUGGCCACCAACAUCCCCAAAGGCUGUGCCGAGACGGCGGUGAGAGUUCAUGUCUCCUACCUGGACGGCAAAGGGAACCUGGCGCCUCAAGGAUCGGUGCCCAGCGCUGUGUCUUCACUGACCGAUGACCUGCUCAAGUACUACCAGCAAGUGACUCGCGCUGUCCUGGGGGACGACCCACAGCUGAUGAAGAUUGCUCUCCAGGACCUGCAGACCAACUCCAAGAUCGCAGCGCUCCUGCCGUACUUUGUUUAUGUGGUCAGUGGGGUGAAGUCUGUGAGCCACGAUUUGGAGCAGCUGCACCGGCUCUUGCAAGUGGCCCGGAGCCUGGUUCGGAACCCGCACCUCUGCCUGGGGCCCUAUGUCCGCUCUCUGGUGGGCAGUGUCCUCUACUGCGUCCUGGAGCCCCUGGCUGCCUCCAUCAACCCCCUGAAUGACCACUGGACGUUGCGGGAUGGUGCCGCCCUCCUCCUCAGCCACAUCUUCUGGACUCAUGGGGACCUUGUCAGUGGCCUCUAUCAGCAGAUCCUGCUGUCCCUGCAGAAGGUCUUGGCAGACCCUGUGCGGCCGCUCUGCUCUCACUACGGGGCUGUGGUGGGGCUGCACGCCCUUGGCUGGAAGGCAGUGGAGCGCGUCCUGUACCCACAUCUGUCCACCUACUGGACGAACCUGCAGGCCGUGCUGGAUGACUACUCCGUAUCCAAUGCCCAGGUGAAAGCGGACGGGCACAAGGUCUACGGCGCCAUUCUGGUGGCCGUGGAGCAGCUGCUGAAGAUGGAGGCGCAGGCACGGCCCCACCUGGGGGCUCCCGGGCGUCCUCCCCCGGGUGUUGAGACAAAUCGGCGAGGCCCUGCCUUCGCCCGCACCUGA